GAGGCUGAGCAGUGUCAGUCCACCAACCUGUCUGUGCAGGGGGGUCUGUUCCGAGCUGCCGCGGCUGAAUUCAACGCACUGUACCUCCUCUGCCAUCCUUUAUUUGACAACAGCCAAAUGAACCAAGCGCUAACGUCGGAGAAAAACAGCUGAUACUCUCGACCACAGAAAUGGCAGACGAUGAAAUAGACUACAAUAUCGUGUUUCCAGAUGCAGGGACUUCGGAGAGACACUGGCAGGGGACAAAGGAGCCAGUUGUGAUUCUGCUGGGCUGGGCUGGUUGCAAAGACAAACACCUCUCCAAGUACAGCUCCAUCUACAAUGAACAGGGAUGUGUCACCAUCCGCUACACAGCUCCCUUGAAAACAGUCUUCAUCUCAGAGUCGUUUGGCUACAAGGAGCUGAGCAGUACGGCCCUGAAGUUGCUGGAGAUCCUCUAUGACUAUGAGGUGGAGAACAGCCCUAUUUUCUUUCACAUAUUCAGCAAUGGUGGCUUCAUGCUGUACCGUUACAUUGUAGAGUUGUUGCACAAAGAUCAGCAGUUCAGCUCCCUGAAUGUGAUUGGGGCCGUAGUGGACAGUGCUCCAGGUAGUGGGAAUGUUCGUGGGGCCCUGCGAGCACUGACGGCCACCCUGGGGCCCAAAAUAACUCCUGUUUUAAGAUACGUCCUCUUAGCCCUUUUUGCAGUGACUGUUUUCCUGCUGCGAAUUGUGCUGUACCCCUUGACCAAGUACAUCCACAAGAACCACUAUGACGCAGUCCAGGAGAGGCCGCCCUCCUGGCCUCAUUUCUACCUGUACUCCAGGGCUGACCAGGUGAUCAGGCACCGGGAUAUCGAGGUCUUUAUGGAGACCCUGAAGCAGAAAGGUGUCCCGGUGGACAGUUUUGAUUUUGUUUCCAGUCCUCAUGUCGGCCAUUUCCGGGAUUUUCCUGAGCAGUAUACUCUGAAGUGCCGCAGUUUCCUGGUUGCUUGCAUGAAGGAUCUGGAAAGGACUGAGGUAAAGAAGAGACAGAGGGUUCAGAAUCAGUGAAACUUGGACAGGAAAAAACAAGAUUUUCCUAACCCUCCAUUGAGCAGUCUUUUCCAGAUUUUGAGCAGAGGUGAAGAACAUCAUCCAGCUUAGUUCUUCUGAGUGGUCUGAAAAAUCGGUUAGAAAAUGAAGCUGACAUUUUUUUGCAAGGCAGCUGGAUUUUGAGUCCUGCAAGUACAAGGUCUUGCUGAUUUUUUUCCAUCCUCGUGCACAUAAAGGGAAGGUUCCACACAUGUGGCUUAGGUGUACUGUGCUUAAUCCAUGUCUGGAAAACCAGCCAUAUUAAACACUGUAAUUCACAUACCCUGAAAGUGUGUGGCACAAUGGCCAAACCCUGCCCACUGCAAUGUUUUUGAAACAGUCUAUACCAUAUGUAUAAACAGUACAAUACAAGCUAUUGCUAUACACUGGAAAAUAAUUCCUUUAGGAUAAUUUAAAUGGUAUUUAAUAUUGCUGUGAAAUGUCAUGCAUUGUAGAUUAGUAGUAGUGAAUCUAAACCUGAGGCUGUGUAUUGGAAAAUCUGUAUCUCCUGUUUAUAAAAUUUGCAAUGUAUUUAUGGUUUUAGUCUCACAAUUUGUCAUUAAAAUGAGUUCACAAGGGUGCUUACAAUUGAAGGCAACUGUCAAAAAUUAAUAACUAUCACAUUUUCAAAAAUAUGAAGGACACAAAAUUGUUGCCUUAAACAGUAAAUGCCUUUUCGAUUUUAUUUUACUCUUUGGUCCAUAUAAUUGUAGAAUACCCAGCCCUAAUAUGUGAUACACAAUUGAUUUAGUUCAAGGAAAAAGGUGAUUGACAAUGAAUGUAUUUGUCCAGCACAACUAUUGUGUUAUUUCUAACUGAUGUGCCUUCAAUAAAUAAGAAUGCUUAUG